AUGGGAAGUGAGAGAGCAACAUUGUUAAAGUUGAAGCAUAAUCUCACAGAUCCUUCAAAUAGACUUUCUUCUUGGAAUGCUUCUAUCAAUCCCAAUUGCUGCCACUGGGAUGGAGUUGUCUGCAACAACAUUACAUCUCAUGUUUCAGAGCUUCACCUCAGAACUUCAUUUCCUGAUUUCGAUGACAGCCUUCCUUAUCCAUUGGAUGAAGAAGCAUACCAAGAAGCAUUGAAAGAGUAUAAUAGAGUGGCAUUGGGUGGAGAGAUAAAUCCUUGUUUGGUUGAUUUGAAGCAUUUGAAUUACUUGGAUUUCAGCGGCAAUAUUUUUCAAUAUAUUCCAAUUCCUUCUUUCAUCGCAACAAUUACUUCCUUAACUUAUCUCAACCUUUCUUAUGCUGGAUUCAAGAAAAAUAUUCCUUCUCAAAUGGGAAAUCUCUCCAAUUUACUCUACCUUGAUCUCAGUUAUCUUUAUUUUGAAAGUUAUGAAAAUGUUGAUUGGCUAUCUAGUAUGUCCAAACUUCGUUAUCUUGACUUGAGCCACACUUGGUCAUUUGAAGGAGGUGUGUCAAUUCCUUCUUGUCUUGGCUCAAUGACCUCCUUAAUUCACUUGGACCUCUCUUAUUCUGGAUUUAUGGGCAACAUUCCUCCUGAGAUUGGAAAUCUUUCCAAUUUGGCGUAUCUAGACCUAAGCGGUGCUGCCAAUGGAACACUUCCCUCUCAAAUUGGAAAUCUCUCCAACUUGCUCUACCUGGAUCUUCGAAGUGGUGAUUCUAUUGACAAAAGUUAUUUUAUUGGAAAUGUUGACUGGUUGUCAAGUCUUACUAAGCUUGAAUAUCUUGAUUUAGGAGGUGCAAACCUAUCCCAAUCAUUUCACUUGCUUCACACCCUCCAACCUCUUUCUUCUUUGCUGCACCUACAUUUGUCAGGAUGCACACUUCCUUACUCCAAUCAACCAUCAUUUCUUAACUCCUCGUCUCUCGUCACUCUUGAUGUUUCUGACAUUUCUUAUAAUUCUAAAAUUUCAUUUGUUCCAAAGUGGGUGUUUGGACUAAAGAAACUUGUUGCUCUCUUUUUAUAUGUUAACAACUUUGAAGGUCAAAUUCCUAAUGGUCUUCGAAAUCUCACACUUAUUGAAAAUCUUGAUUUGAGUGAAAAUUCAUUUUCAUCUUCUAUACCUCAUUGGUUUUAUAGUAGUUUUCCUCAUCUCAAGUUCUUGCACCUAUCAAGCAACAACUUACAAGGAAAUAUUUCUGAUGCCUUUGGAAAUAUGACUUCUCUAGUUACACUUGAUUUGUCAUACAAUCAACUUGAAGGUCCAAUUCCAACUUCUUUUGGUUAUCUCUGCAACUUAAGGGCAAUAUAUUUCUCAUAUCUUAAACUCAACCAAUUUCAAAGCUCUCAACUUUCUGGCAAUCUUCCACUAUCUCUUGGAAAACUUUCAUCAUUAAGAACUCUUUCUCUAUCCAACAAUCAACUUAGUGGAAAUCCGUUUGAAAGUCUUAGAUCACUUUCUAAAUUGUCAAAUCUUGAUAUUGGUUAUAAUCAUUUUGAAGGAGUUGUCACAGAGGAUCAUCUCACAAACCUUACAAGUUUAAGUGACCUUUAUGCACCAGGAAACAAUUUGACUUUAAAAGUGGGUACCAACUGGCAUCCUACUUUUCAACUUACUUAUUUGGAUAUGAGUUCUUGGCAAUUAAGUUCCAACUUUCCUUCAUGGAUUCAAUCACAAGACAAACUUGAUUAUUUAGCGAUGCCUAACACGGGAAUUUUGGAUUCUAUUCCCUAUUGGUUUUGGAAAACAUUUUCUCAAGCUUCUUUUCUAAAUCUCUCUCAUAAUCAUAUCCAUGGUGAGCUUCAGACUACUUUAAAGAAUCCAAUAUCUAUAAUUACUGUUGAUCUAAGUGCAAAUAAGUUAAGUGGCAAAUUUCCUUCACUUUCAAAUGGUGUGGGUUUUUUGGACCUUUCAAGCAAUUCAUUCUCCAAAUCCAUGGAUGAUUUUUUAUGCAAAGGUCAAGAGAAGCCAAUGAAAUUAGAAUUUCUCAAUCUUGCAUCGAAUAACUUAUCAGGGGAAAUACCAGAUUGUUGGGACAUCUGGCCAUAUCUAUUGGAUGUAAAUUUACAAAAUAAUAAUUUUGUUGGAAACAUUCCCCAAUCCAUGAGUUCCUUGAUAGAGCUAGAAUCAUUAAGCAUCCGUAAAAACUUGCUCUCGGGAACAUUUCCUACAAUUUUGAAAAAGACCAAUAAAUUGAUUUUGUUGGAUCUUGGAGAAAAUAAUUUUUCAGGAACAAUUCCAACUUGGGUUGGAGAAAGAUUUUUAGAUAUGAAGGUUCUUAUCCUUCGAUCAAAUAGAUUUUCGGAUCAUAUUCCUAAUAAAAUAUGUGAUAUGAGUCUUCUUCAAGUGUUAGACCUUGCACAAAAUAAUCUGACUGGAAACAUACCUACUUGUUUUAAUAGUUUGAAGACCAUGACCCAGAUGAACAAAAAUUAUAUUGUAAUCAGUGUUCGUCUUUGGUUGAAAGGAAGAGGAGAUGAAUACAAAAACUUUCUCGGGUUGGUAACAAGCAUUGAUUUGUCAAAUAACAAAUUAGUAGGAGAAAUACCCAGAGAAGUCACAGAUUUAAAUGGUUUGAUGUUUUUGAACUUGUCCCACAACCAACUUAGUGGUCACAUUCCACAAAACAUUGGUAAUAUGGGAUCAUUGUUGUCCAUUGAUUUUUCAAGGAAUGAACUUUCUGGUGAAAUCCCUCCAACUAUUUCAAAUUUGAGCUUUCUAAGCAUGCUAGACUUGUCUUAUAAUCAUUUGAAUGGAAAAAUUCCAACAGGAACUCAGUUGCAAACCUUUGAUGCCUCAAACUUUAUUGGCAACAAUCUUUGUGGCCCACCACUACCCAUCAGUUGCAUCUCCAAUGACAAAAGCUAUAUUCAGAAUGGCAAAGGGAGUGAUAGGCAUGGAUUAAACUUAUUUUAUGUGGGUAUGACAUUUGGAUAUAUGGUGGGAUUUUGGAUAGUAGUUGGUCCUCUGGUCAUUUGUAGAUCAUGGCGUUAUGCCUAUUUUCAUUUCCUUGAUCAUGUGUGGUUCAAACUUCAAUAUUUUUUCUAAUGUCAGUACAAUAUAUCUAAUGUGGUGAGAAAUAAAGUUAUUAUAAAACAUGGAAGUUAAUUUGAACUACUCUGUAUUGCAUAGUUGAUCAAAU